UAUUUAAGUUGAAAAAAGUACUUUUAUUAUAAAAAAAUUAAAAUCAUAUAUAAAAGAAGCGUCAAAAGUUUUUCAUUAUAUUUUAUGUUAAUUUUUGCUUUGUGAGCGAUGAGUUUAAAAACAGAGGCUUUGAACCGACAUAAUGAGUAUCGUAAAAACCAUGGUGUGUGUGCUUUAACAUGGUCUGCAAAACUACAUUCAUGUGCUCAGAAUUGGGCAAAUAAUCUUGCAAAAAAAGGUUACCUGCAACACGAACAACAAAAUUUAUACGGAGAAAAUAUUGCAGUUAUGAAAGGUUCAGAGUUGAACGGAUAUAAAGCUACUGAUAUGUGGUACAAUGAAAUAAAAGAUUACAACUUUAACAACCCUGGAUAUAACUCACAAACUGGUCACUUUACUCAAGUUGUUUGGGCAGAUUCAAAAGAGUUUGGAAUUGCGAAAGCGGUUUCUUCAGACGGAACCGAAUUUGUGGUUGCAAGGUAUUUUCCGCCUGGAAAUAGUUUGCAAAUGUUUAAAGAAAACGUCAAACCUUUAACAAAAACUGCAGUUAAUAAAGAAAAUGAACCUAUGCGGAAAAAACCAUUAGAACCAAAACCACAGCCCACUAAACAAAGUAAAAAAAGUGAAAAACGUGAUUGUAUUAUAUUAUAAGUUUAACAGAAUAUUUAAUUUUUUUUUUGA